UUCCCCCACCGCAUGAUUAACUUUUCCAGCUUGCCCACAGAGCUGAUUUAUGAGAUUCUCACUCAACAUUGCGAUAUAAGAAGCUUGAACUGUAUCAGUCAGACUUGCAAACCUCUCCACACACUUGUCACCUCAAAGGCGGUCUGGGUCUCCGUAAUCAAACGGCUCAAAUCACACGGCUUCAUUGACGAAAGAUUCGCCCGCGAACCGUCCCAGUUAUCGACAGCAGAACUCAGCAAGCUUGUGAAGCGUCUUGUCCAUGGUCCAGACUCAUGGCAGUCAGCUCAAGGUCAAACAACCAUUUCCCCUCGAAUAUCAAGCUGCAUUACUCUUCAUACGCCAUGUGACCAUCCGACUGGCUACUCUGUGGUCCGCUUUGUGCCUGGUGGUCACCUCCUCCGAAAUAACCAUGGUACGACGGAACUUUGGGAUGUUGAACACGGUCAAAAGGUCUGGUUUCGGGCCCCACAAAUACCGAAUAUCACGCUCGUACAAUCUGGGUUCGAGCGCAAAUCGUCUGGAGUUGUGGUCGUUGCGAUGACAUACGUAGAUUCUGAUAACUUCACGUUCAACUUGGAGAUGGCCGAGCUUAUGGUCUAUCGUGAGCCACAGACAACCGAAACGAGUCAUCUCCACCUCGAGAUAAACCUUACGAAUGUGACGUUUGGACCCGUUCGGGCUAGUGUGCCCGUUAUGAGCUUAUGCGAAGACUUGGUACUACUAAACAUAGGAAUACCAGGCUAUCUUCUUGUGAACUGGCGUGAAAAAUCCGCUAUCGCUCUCGACCCAGGCGGAUUGGAGCAGUUGGAUUGGGUCCUCACACCACAUGGGGACAUCAUCGCGAUCAUGGGCAGUUACGAAGAGAGUCGCCGCGAAGAUCCUGUUCAGCUCAAAAUAUUCGACACAAACGCCUUUGAACUUGUUCCCAUUGGCAACAAUAGACUGAUAGACCACAUACCACUUUCUACGGUCGUUCCACUUCUGACCCACCAGUUCGCCAGAGACUUGGCAAAUCGGUUUGAGGUGCCAUAUGCGCUAUACAUCUUCCCCGAUCCUCUAGAAGAAGGCAGUUUUCGCCUAUGGGCUUGUGUGUACCAGCAACCCCCUGACCUCAAUCUCGGAACAGCCGCUUUACUGCACCAACUCUCCCUCACAUAUACUGCACAUAAUGGUCAGCGAUUACUGCCAACAUUAACCCACUCCAACUCUGCCGAGCCGCAUAGAAUAUCACGUCCCGACUUCCUCUACGCCAACAGCAUGGGCUUCUCAGGGCACGCGCAAGUGCAGAUACGACCUCGUUCACUUGGGAGAAUCCGAAUAACAGAUUCGUACGGCGGCGAGGGUGAAACAACUUUGUCGGAGGUUGGGUGUGACGGAGGUGGCUUCAACUACAUGGCCCCAUAUUGUGGCUCUUGGGCGUAUGUCAAGGACCACCAGACGACAGUAAUCGACUUCGAGUAG